AUGGUUAUAUACAGGAACUAUGUUUGGCCGUUGAGCGCCGGAAUCGGCUUGACUAUAUUUGGUGCGAUUCUUAGUUGUAUAUGGUCGGACUUAUUCUUCUCGCAGAUAAAAAAAAUGAUGAUCCUCUCCGAGGGUUCCACGUCUUUCUACAUCUGGCGCGACAUUCCCAUUCCCAUGUACCUGGAGUGCUUCCUCUUUAACAUCACGAACGCUGAAGACAUCCGCUCGGGGAAAAACGUGAGCAUCCAAGUGCAGCAGGUCGGGCCUUAUGUCUUCAAGGAGAUACGGAAAAAGGUGAACAUAACUUGGAACGACAAUGGUACAGUGACGUACAGAAAUCAAAGGUUCUGGUAUCAUCAGCCAGAGGUGUCCAAUGGGAGUCUAUCGGACGUCGUCACAAGUAUCAACCCUAUUAUAGUGACAAUCGCCUACGCACUGCGCAAUGAACGCGUAAUGUUGAGAGUGUUCGUGGACAUGGUAAUGCGUAUGGUGCACAGGGAGAUUUUCAUGAGGGCCAACGUGUCGGCUUGGCUUUUCGAUGGCGUGGAAGAUCCCAUGCUGAACCUGGCAAACCGAAUCCCCAAUCUGCCUUACGAUAUACCUUUCGAUAGAUUCGGGUGGCUGUAUGCACGAAACGGUUCAGUGGAUUAUGACGGGGAGUUCGUAGCUAACACGGGAGAAAAAGACUUCUUUCAAUUGAGCAUGGUCGAAACGUGGCAACACACAAACAGGACAGUGUACAGAGAUAAGUGCGGGGACCUUGUUGGAUCUUCCGGGGAACUUUGGGCCCCCCAGCGGGGACUGGAUGAACUUCAUAUCUUCGCCCCCGAUAUUUGCACGCACAUGACGCUCACAGCCGAUGGUCCAGUCAAGCACAUGGGGCUAGAUGGCAUGCAGUACGUGGCCAACGAUUCCCUAUUCGACAAUGGCUACAAUUAUCCAGAUAUGGCGUGCUAUUGUGACGAACCGCGAGACCACAACUGUCUACCAGCAGGCGCACUGAAUGUCUCCUCGUGUCGUUUUGGCGCACCAGCCUUCGUUACUAGACCACACUUCUUAGACAUGGAUCCUUACUAUCCCAGCAAGAUUCGGGGUCUGGCACCAGAUAAAAAAUACAACUUCAAAAUGGCGAUAGAGAUGAACACAGGAAUGCCACUCGCCAUAUCAGCGCAGUUGCAAGCUAACGCAUUAGUUAGGCAUAUCCCGGGUAUGAGCCUCAAUAACCAGCUGCCAGACCCCGACGUUUUGGUGCCCAUGUUCUGGUUCAGGGAGGAAAUUGUGGUGAACGAGAAGUACGCAAAUUUCGCCAAGACUGCGCUUAGAAUCAAGUUCGACACACCCUUCGCGUUCUAUACGCUAACCGCGAUCGGCUGCGCAUUAUUAGCGUGGGGCCUGUGGAGUUACAGACAAAACCGGAAUCUUGUUAGAAGUAAGCAACACCACAAUCAAGAUACUUCACUGAUGCAGUCGUUUUUGAAAAAGGGGGAGUCUAGCUAA